GUUUCCGAACAACCGCAGCCAACAUUGUUGAACAGCUGAUUUUUUUCAUUUGUGCCUAAAAAAGCCGGUGUGCCAUACAGAAAGAGAGUUUUUUUUAUAAAUUUCAUUCGAUUUUUAAUAAUUGUUAAAAGGACUUACAUACAUAUCUAAAUAAAAUGGCUAAUCCUAAUGAGGUACCCAAAUAUACACAGCUAUUCAUCAAUAAUGAGUUCGUCGACGCUAAGUCUGGUAAGAAAUUUCCCACUUACAAUCCAGCAACUGGUAAAUUGAUAGUCGAAGUAGCCGAAGGUGAUAAGGCCGAUGUUGACUUGGCUGUGGCGGCCGCGAAGCAAGCUUUCCAUAGAAACUCGGAAUGGCGCAAAUUGAGUCCAUUGCAACGCACAGAUUUGAUAUUGAAACUCUGCAGUCUCAUUGAACGCGACAGAGAUGUAUUGGCUAGCCUUGAGACACAAGAUAAUGGCAAGCCAUAUGCCGAAGCGGAUUUCGAUGUGGAAGCAGCUAUUAUGACUUUUAAAUACUAUGCCGGCUGGACGGAUAAGUUCUUUGGUGAUACCAUACCCGCGGGUGAUAUUAUUGCACAGACACUCAAGGAACCGGUGGGUGUGGUGGGUCAAAUCAUACCCUGGAAUUACCCACUACUCAUGUUAACCUGGAAAUGGGCACCUGCACUGGCUGUCGGUUGUACGAUUGUCAUGAAACCAGCCGAGCAGACACCCCUCACCGCUCUGCAUAUGGCUGCACUCGCCAAGGAAGCUGGCUUCCCCGCUGGUGUUAUCAAUGUCAUAACCGGUUAUGGUCCCACUGCUGGUGCGGCGAUAUCGGAACAUCAUGACAUACAAAAGGUUGUAUUCACCGGUUCGGUAGAGAUUGGACGCAUCAUAAUGGAAGCAGCUGCGCAUUCGAACUUGAAGCGUGUCACGUUGGAAUUGGGCGGCAAGAGUCCAGUUGUGGUGUUUGAAGAUGCCGAUGUUGAUGUUGCGGCAGGUAUUGCACACGAAGCUCUCUUCUCCAAUCACGGUCAAAGUUGUUGUGCUGGCAGCCGUACAUAUGUACAUGAAAAGAUUUACGAUCAAUUCGUUGCUAAGGCAACCGCCUUGGCCAAAGCGCGCAAGGUGGGCAAUCCAUUUGAUGAAACUGUUAAACAAGGACCACAAAUAGACGAGGAGAUGAUGAACAAAGUUUUGGGUUACAUUGAAAGUGGCAAACAACAGGGUGCCAAGUUACAGUGUGGCGGCAAGCGUAUCGGUAAUGUGGGCUAUUUCAUUGAACCGACCAUAUUUUCUGAUGUCAAUGAUAAAAUGAAGAUCGCACAGGAAGAAAUUUUUGGCCCCGUACAAUCAAUCUUCAAAUUCAGUUCUUUGGAAGAGAUCAUUGAUCGUGCCAAUGAUGUUGAAUAUGGUCUGGCCGCUGGCGUUAUUACCAAUGACAUUAACAAGGCAAUGAAAUUCGUGCGUAAUGUAAAUGCUGGCUCAGUUUGGAUCAAUUGUUAUGACGCUGUGUUACCACAAACUCCAUUCGGUGGCUACAAAUUGUCGGGCAUUGGACGUGAAUUGGGCAAAGAUGGUUUGGAUAGUUAUCUCGAGACAAAAACUGUUGCCAUGAAGUACGUCUAAAUGUAAUCUAAUCGGCUGUGCGACACAACUGUGUUUUUUUUUUUAAAUAAUUUCUAUACAUAUAUACAGCAUACAGGCAUACAUACAUAUGUUAUUCGAGCAUUAUCAAUACUAACUCGUAUCAAUAUUGUUUAUAUACAUAUAUGUACAGUGGUAAAAAAUUUUGGAAAUUAUAUUCCUAAAAAAUAAUAAAAUCUACAUAUUUUGAAUACAA